AUGAGGAACAGGAGGUAUGAGAAUGAGCAGGGAGUGAUGAAAAAGUUAACCCUCUUCACACAGAGCUUGAUUGGUAACAGUCAAUUGCAAUUUGAGUCCUCACAACUGCAGCUGAUUAAGCAGGGUUUCAUUUUUCCUGCUUGUGAGAAAGAGUAUUGUAUGCCUACUGGAACUUGGCGAGAACAUUUGGGAAGAUUAGAGAAAAAGGGGAAGGUAACAUAUCAAGGUAUAUUCAUUAUUCAAAGUGAAAGCACCAAGAAAUGCAUUCAGACUGACAAAUCUGUGCUGAUCCUGCAGAACUGCAACCAACCCAACAAGUAUAUGCUGUGGAAAUGGGUUUCCAACCAUCAACUCUUUAACAUAGGAAGCAGCGGUUGUCUGGGCAUGGAUUUUUCUAACCCCAACCCUGAGCAGUCAUUAAGCAUCUACGAGUGUGAUUCCAACCAUAUUUCUUUGAAAUGGCACUGUAACAGGAAGACAAUCAUCAACACCCUCCUUCAAUACAUGAUCCAGGCAACGGAGGACAACCUGGUUGUGGCCUCAUUGGAAGAUCGUCAUAAAUGGGUUCCCUAUAUGUCCAAUAGUGGAGACAUUUGCGAAUACCUGAACAAAGAUGUGUAUUCUAUCAAAGGGAAUGCCCAUGGGUCACCAUGCAUGUUCCCCUUCCAGUAUAACCAUCAAUGGUAUCAUGAAUGUACCAGGGAAGGAAGGAAAGACAAGUUACUGUGGUGUGCCACGACUAGCCGAUAUGAAAGAGAUGAGAAGUGGGGAUUUUGCCCGGAUUCCACAUCUAUGGAAGUGCUUUGUGACACUGUCUGGGAAAAGGACAACAAUUCACAUAUUUGCUACCAAUUCAACCUGCUUUCAUCUCUCUCCUGGAGUGAGGCACAUUCUUCAUGUUACAUGCAAGGAGAAGCCCUACUAAGUAUUGAAGAUGAGACUGAGGAGAAUUUCAUACGGAAGCACUUGGGCAAUGAAACAGUGGAAGUGUGGAUGGGUCUGAAUCAGUUGGAUGAAGAUGCUGGCUGGCAGUGGUCAGAUAAGGCACCUCUCAGCUAUCUGAACUGGAAUCCAGAAGUAAAUUUUGAUCCAUUCAUUGAAUAUAACUGUGGCACAUUCAGUUCAUUUCUGCCAAAUGCUUGGAGGAGCCGGAAUUGUGAGUCUACUUUGCCUUAUGUAUGCAAAAAGUAUCUAAAAACUCAUCAUGAAGUGUCUGAAAAAGAUGUUUGGAAGUAUCAUGCUACCCAAUGUGAGCCUGGCUGGAAUCCCUACAACCAUAACUGCUAUAAACUUCAGAAAGAAGAAAAAAACUGGCAUGAAGCUUUGUAUUCUUGUCAGUCUAAUAGCAGCAUGUUAAUAGACAUAACUUCAUUAGCAGAAGUCGAGUUUCUUAUAAAUCUCCUUGAAGAUGAAAAUGCUUCAGAAACAUGGAUUGGUUUGCACAAUAGUAAAAUUCCAGUUUCCUUUCAAUGGUCUAGUGGCUCUCCAGUCACCUUUACUAAUUGGCACACACUUGAGCCCAAAAUUUUUCCAAAUAGGAAAAAACUAUGUGUCUCAACUGAUCAAACUGAAGGGUACUGGAAAAUUAAACACUGUGAAGAAAAUCUUUAUUAUAUUUGUAAGAAACCUGGCCUUGUCCUUUCUGAAGCUGACUUGGGUUGUCAAGAGGGAUGGGAGAGACAUGGAAAAUUCUGUUACAAAAUUGACAUAGUCCUUCGAAGCUUUGACCAUGCUUCCAGUGGUUAUUAUUGUCCUCCUGCACUUGUUACCAUAACAAACAGGUUUGAACAGGCCUUUAUUACCAGUUUGAUCAGUAAUAUAGUAACAACUGAAGAUAGUUAUUUUUGGAUAGCUCUUCAAGACCAAAAUAAUACAGGCGAAUACACUUGGAAGACUACAGGAUGGAAGUCUGAAACUGUGAGGUACACACACUGGAAUGCACAUCAGCCCCGCUCCAGUGGUGGCUGUGUUGUCAUGCGAGGAAGCAGUUCUCCUGGUUUCUGGGAAGUGAAAGAUUGUAGAAACUUUAAGGCAAUGUCUGUGUGUAAGCAGCCAGUGAAAUAUCAGAAGAAACCUGAAGUUGAAUUAAAAUUGCCAUUUUAUCCCUGCUAUUUAGACUGGGAGUCAGAACCUGGACUUGAUAAUUGCUUCAAGGUAUUUCAUAGUGAAAAAAUCCUGAUGAAAAGAACAUGGAGAGAAGCUGAGGCAUUUUGUGAAGAAUUUGGAGCUCAUCUCGCAAGUUUUGCUCAUGUUGAGGAAGAAAAUUUUGUAAACAAACUUUUGCAUUCAAGAUUUAAUCGAACAGAAGAAAGGCAGUUCUGGAUUGGUUUUAAUAAAAGAAACCCACUGAAUGCCGGCUCUUGGAAGUGGUCAGAUAGAACCCCAGUUGUCUCUUCAUUUUUAGACAAUUCUAAUUUUGAAGAAGAUGCAAGAAAUUGUGCUGUUUAUAAGGCAAAUAAAACACUUCUGCCCAUGCAUUGUGGUUCUAAACAUGAAUGGAUAUGCAAACUUCCAAGAGAUGUAAAACCCAAUAUUCCAUCCUGGUACCAGCAUGAUGCGCCCUGGCUCUUUCACCAUGAUGCAGAGUAUUUUUUUUAUACUUAUGCAGCAAAAUGGCACUCUACUGAGUUUGCUUGUGCCUGGAUGAGGAGUGAAAUUCUUACAAUUAAUUCAGCAAAUGAGCAAGAAUUCAUCCACAGCCAGAUAAAAGUGCUAUCCCAAAAUGGUUCAAAUUGGUGGCUUGGACUUCAAGGAGAAAGCACCAAUGAUGGAUUUCGUAUUUGGAAAGAUGGAUCACCAGUAAUAUACCAGAACUGGGACAAAGGAAAAGAAGAAGCCAUGCAUCAGCAUAAUCAUAAAAAGAGAUGUGGCUUCAUUUCAUCCAUAACAGGACUCUGGGCUACUGAAGAUUGUUCAGUGCCUAUGUCUAGUAUCUGUAAGCGAAAAGAGAUUUGGACAAUUGAAAAACAAAAACCUGAGCGGAAACAUGGAUCAUGUCCCAAAGGAUGGCUUUAUUUUAACUUUAAGUGCUUUUUGGUGAAUAUUCCCAAAGACCCAAGUGACUCAAGGAACUGGAUGUCUGCUCAAGAUUUCUGUGUUAAAGAACAUGGGACACUAGUUUCCAUUGAAAAUGAGAUAGAACAAGCUUUUAUUACUAUGAAACUUUUUGGUCAGACUACUGAUAUGUGGAUAGGUUUAAAAAGUGAUGAUUAUGAAAAAUGGCUGAGUGGAAAGCCUGUUACAUAUUCUAACUGGUCUCCAUCUGAUGUAAUAAAGAUUCCAAGUCAGAACACCACUGGGGUUCAAAAUCACAUUCUUUGUGCAUUGCUGUCAACGAAUCCUAAUUUUUAUUUUACUGGAAAAUGGUAUUUUGGAGACUGUGGUAAAGAAGGUUAUGGAUUUGUUUGUGAAAAAAUGCCAGAUACUUCUGGACAUGAUGUAUACAUUUCUGAUACGCAUUUAAUCCCCAAAACCUUAGAAUUUGGAAACAGAACAUACAAAAUAAUUAAUAAAACUAUGACUUGGUAUACAGCAGUAAAAGCCUGUCUGAUGCAUGGGGCAGAACUAGUCAGCAUUACUGACCAGUAUCACCAAUCCUUUCUCACUGUUAUGCUUAAUCAACUUGGACAUACACACUGGAUUGGAUUGUUCACUGCAGAUAACGGCAUUAAUUUUGACUGGUCGGAUGGCACCAAAUUCUCCUUCACUUUUUGGAAAGAUGAUGAGUCACCCUUCUUGGGUGACUGUGUUUUUGCAGAUACCAAUGGACGCUGGAGUAGCACAGCCUGUGAGUCAUUUCUGCAAGGAGCCAUUUGUCAUGUGCCCACAGAAACAAGGCCAACUGGAUAUCCAAAUCAGUGCUCAGAAACAUCUAUUCCUUGGGUAAAAUUCAAAAAUAAUUGCUACAGUUUUUCCACCAUCCUGGACAGUACAAGUUUUGAGGCUGCUCAGGAAUUUUGCAAAAAGGAAGGAUCUAAUCUUUUAACAAUCGAGGAUAAAGAUGAAAACUUAUUUCUCCUAGAAGAACUUUCUACUUUUGGUUCUUAUGUCCAGAUGGUUUGGUUGAAUGCUCUGUUUGAUGAUGACUAUGAAACUAUAACGUGGUUUGAUGGAACUCCCACCACCCUGUCAAAUUGGGGCAUUCGCAAGCCAGAGGUAGACUACAUCAAGUCCCAUCCAUGCAUUGCCUUGAAAAUACCUGAAGGAGUAUGGCAGUUAUCCCCCUGUGGGGAGCAGAAAGGAUUCAUAUGUAAAAUGAAGGCAGAUAUUUACACAGUCAAGGAACAAGCAAGCAAAGAACCCAGUCACAGCAUUGUACCACUUACAGUUGCAUUGACUGUGAUAGUAGUUCUGGGAAUUUCCACAUUUAUCUUCUACAUAUAUAAACACAGAAGUGGUAUCUUCAGGAGAUUUGCAGAGAUUGGAAAUUCUUACUAUUAUAUGACCAACAUUAGUACAUUAAAUUUAGAAGAAAAUAUUCUCAUUUCUGAUCUGGAGAAGAAUGAUCAAUAAUAAUAAUAACGUCAGAGUAUGACAGCCAUGAAGCCAAAUGAAGACUAUCAAGGGAAUUCCAGCU